AUGGAGGAUCAAGGCCACGAUGGGUACCCCGAGGGCUCGUGGGACACAGGCUCUGUAGACGACUCGCUGCUGGGAACCGGCAUAACGACACGCCAUCUAGAAGCAUUCGGUCGAAAAGUCACGUCGACAGCUAGCCAUCUCAUGGGUCCUACGUCUGAUCCCCACUAUCAAAGUGCUUUAACCGACAUCCAUCGCGAACUACGACGACCCGCGCUUCAACGGCGGAUGUUCUCUCUCACCAAAACCUCUCCAACGGACCUCGUACGCUCGAAGCUAUCGACCUCCGAGAUCCAAUCGAGAGCACUUUCUUCUCUUCCCGACGAGCUACUUGCCAACAUACCCGAAGAUAACAGCAGCUAUUCCCUUUUCCAAGGCUUUCAAGCUACUCUCCCCGAAUCAGAACAAGAACAACACAAAUCACAUCAUAGACGAAGUUCGAAACAUCAAAAGUUGAUUGCCGAUGCAGGACCUACGAAAUUACUACCGUCUUCGAAACGCGGUUUGAAAGCUGAGCGGGAACGAAUGAACCACCGACUAGAGAUGAUGGGCAUACGGAAGAACAUGUGCAGUGCCGAGAUACACGAGAUAGAUAACAAGAUCACCAAUUUGAACAACAUGCGGCAAAUAGUGUUGGAUCGUCUGGCCGGUUUGGAGAUGGAUGAGACCGAGCUGGAAAAUCAGAUUGUCGAGCUGGAUGAUAAAAUAGAGGAUAUGGAUGAUGAUGAGGAGGAGGAAGAGGAAGAAGCAGCUACGGCUAAAGCAACGCCAACCUCAGAAACAAACAAAUCUUCAGAGGAUGCAGCUCUUGAUGCGUCGUUCAUGUCCGAAUCUAUAUAUCAGAAGCUACCGACAACGUCACCACGUGGUCGAAAAGUGAGAUCUAUAAGGAAAAAAUCCAUGCCUAUUCUUCAUGAGCAUCUUGCUCCAGGCACUGCGAUGAAGGAAAUUCCAGCGCACAACGAUAUAAUUACCGCUCUCGAUUUUGACUACCCGUUUGGCACAUUAGUCACUGCAGCUUUAGAUGAUACUGUCCGCGUGUGGGAUCUUAGUGCGGGAAGGUGUGUCGGAUUUUUAGAGGGUCACCAUGCCUCGGUUAGGUGUUUGCAGGUCGAAGACAACCUUGUCGCAACAGGAUCCAUGGAUGCGUCCAUCCGUAUCUGGGAUUUGAGCCGCGCUCAACCAAUUCCUCAAACCGAACGCAUCAACAAGUCUGCGAAAGACGAGGAUGCUGAAGAAGGCGAUGGAGCUGAUGACUCGGCCGCAGCAUCGCACACUGCGUCUAACAUGGCCGAUUGCGAGAUCUUUUCUCUAGAAGCUCACGUCGAUGAGGUAACAGCUCUCCAUUUCCGUGGCAACACGCUUAUAUCCGGCUCAGCGGACAAGACCUUGCGCCAAUGGGAUCUCGUCAAGGGACGCUGUGUACAGACAUUAGAUGUCUUAUGGGCAGCUGCUCAAUCAUCGACAUCAGUCCCGACCAGUAGUAGUUCACAAUGGCGUCCAACAGGACGCUUACCAGAUGCAUCGGCAGACUUUGUCGGUGCAGUACAGUUUUUCGACGCCGCUUUGGCCUGUGGCACUGCCGAUGGAAUUAUUCGAUUGUGGGAUCUACGGAGUGGACAAGUGCACCGCAGUCUGAUCGGGCACACCGGUCCUAUUACAUGUCUACAGUUUGAUGACGUGCAUCUGGUUACUGGCAGUUUAGAUCGAAGCGUUCGGAUAUGGGAUCUACGUACAGGAUCAAUUCAUGACGCCUUUGCAUACGACAACCCGAUUACAAGCAUGAUGUUUGACACUCGGCGCAUUGCCUGUGCUGCCGGCGAAGGCGUUGUCAAAGUCUACGACAAGACAGAUGGCCACCACUGGGACUGUGGUGCGGGGGCAGGCGAGGGCAGCGAUAACGCGUCGAUCGUCGAGCGCGUACGAGUUAAGGACGGCUAUCUCGUUGAAGGUCGUAAGGACGGUAUAGUCGGUGUUUGGACUUGUUAG